AUGCCAAUUGCCACCAUGGCUGCCGUUCAGCAAGUACCUCAGGUGUCCUUCUCAGCGACGAGCUUUGCUUUGUCCAACAAGGACUCCUACCCCUACUUCUUGCGAACAGCCCCACCUGACAACAUCCAGGCUCUGGCCAUCUGGAGAUGGAUUUUGCAGUUUCAGGUGGUGCUGGCGACUUGCCUCUACACCACGGAGAGCUACGGCCAAGGUCUGUACACCUUCCUGACAGAGCUGGCGCAGGCCGACGAUGAAAAACACCGAGUGCAGGGCCAAGGCCUCAAAGAUCUCUUUGAAGAGCAGGAGGCCCGGAGGGUGGUACGAAUAGCUCGGCGCAUGGGCUCCCGCUUCAUCAUCUUGAUGCUGACCCAGUCCAUGGCCGCGGGAGUCAUUCCUAUUCUCGGAGAGGAGGGUAUGUUGAGUGCGAACUGGCAGAUCCUCGGUGCAGACACGAUGGCAUCCUCCAGGAUAACUGGACUUCUGCCUGUUGGCUUUAUGUUCUUCUUGUCAGAUGGACGAGGCGAACGAUUUCCUGACUUCAAGCGGCUCUGGGACAUGCUUGAACCGGAGGAUAUUUUGGGUGCAGAGAGCCAGGCGACAUACAGGCUGGACAAGAUGAGAGAGCCAUUGGCAAAUGGAUCUGUCGAGAGGGUGCUCUCGGAUCUGUCAGACCUUUCAGCUUAUGCAGCCUUUGCCUUCGAUGCAGUCUACACCUUCAUCAUCGCCAUCAAUCGGCUCUUGCAUGCUGGAGUGGCAGCUGAUGCCAUUCGGGGCCAAGUACUUCUUCAGGAAAUGCGCAGGACGAGCUUCACAGGAGUCUCCGGUGAGGUGAGCUUCGACGAGAAUGGCGACCGCUUGUGCGCAUACCAGCUCUGGAACAUGAAAGCAACCCAAACUCCUCAAGGGCAAUCUGCCGUUGAGGCUGCAGUCGCAGCGUCCUUCAGCGCUUCGACCUUGAACUUUUCUUUCAUUGAUGGGCUGGUGUGGAUGGAUGGAUCCCAAGCGUCGCAGCCUCCGCCGGAGCUCUAUUCCUGUGACCCCGGUUUCUACAAGGACAUAUCCUCGACUCAAUGCAUGGAAUGUCCAAGGGGUCAAAUUUGCCUUGGGGGGCCUCAGGCUCCCUCUCUUGCAUGUCCAAGGGGAACCUUCGCAAACAGCACAGGUCUCACGGCUUGCCUUCCCUGUCCCAGGGGUACUGCUGCCCGUGACGUGGGCUCGGUCGAAUGCACUCCGUGCCAGCCAGGCUUCGAGGCGCCAAGAGAAGGAAUGGAAGCAUGCACGCGCUGUGAGCCUGGCAGCUACAUGCCCUCGGAAAAGGGCGCCCGAUGCAUGCCCUGUGGACAGAACCAGAUCACGCUGUACAGUGGUGCAGUUGAGGAGGACGAAUGCCUCUGUCCCGAAGGUUCCUUCAUGUGCCAGAGUCGUGGCUGCACACCGUGCGUUGAGGGACUCGACUGCCCAGUUGGCUCGGAAAUCCCUCAGCAACGGGGUGGCUUCUGGACGGAGUUUUCCGGCGCUGGCCAGUGUGACUUUGUGGUGCUCCGCUGCCGAGAUCAGAAAGAAUGCCCAGCGGGGCCACUUGGCCUUUGCGCGCCCGGCAGGGAGGGACUGGCCUGCAACAACUGCAAGGAAAAGUAUUUCCCAACAGAAGGCGGCUGUGAGCCUUGUGGCGAGGUAGACAUCCUUCCCACUCUCCUCUUCCUGAUGGUGGUGCUUGUUGGGCUGUUCCUUCUCAGCAUCUCCAGCUUGGAGCCAAACCAAGUGAGCCUGAACACGCUGACAGCCUUUGCCGUCACGAGUCAGCUGGUGAUGGCAGUUCAAUCUUUGAGUUCCAUCCGUGAGUUAGCAUUGGAGUGGCAGGAGCCGGUAAAGACUCUUGUUGACCUUUCAAGGGUCUUCGCCUUUGAUUUGCACAUCAUACGCAUCACGUGCUUCUAUGGAACAGAUACUCCUGCUCUGCAUUUCAUUAGUCAAAUGCUUGCCUGUCCAGCUGCAUGUGGUGUUCUGUUGUGCAGCUGGGUGGUGUCAAAGCUAUGUGGGCGUCCCAAGCCGAUGGACACCAUCCUGAACCAUUGUGGGUUGCUCUUCUUUGCAUUUUUCUUGUCCAUCACCCUGACUAUAAUUAUGCCUUUUCAGUGCGUGCCAAAUCCAGACGGCCGGCUUUCCAUGUCAAACGACCCUGGAAUUGUUUGCUACGAGUCCGACGAGCACUCUGUGCUUGUUGCAUUGGCCGUGAUUGGAUUUCUGUCGCAGCCUGCUGCUGUGUUGGCAUGGGCCACUUUCGCCAUCAUAAUGUACCCGCGGCGUGUGGCUACAGGGAGAGGCCUUCGCAUGGUGAACAAGCACCGAUUCCUCUUCCACCGCUUCAAGCCAGCAAAUUAUUACUUUGGCCUUGUCCUUCUCUAUCGCAACGGCCUGGUCGCCCUUCUGCCUGUUAUACUCGUCGGAGUUCCAUCGCUCCAGGUUCCGCUUAUGGGUGCAGUCUUGCUUGCAAGCACAGCAAUUCAGGCACACUUGUGUCCGUGGCGCACUGCAAGAGCGAAUCUGGUUGAUUUCCUUUUGACUUCCUUUCUUCUGGUGACUCUAUUGGGUGCCGCUCCGCUCUUGCAGACAAGCGAUAAAGACGCUCUUGUUGUGCUCAGCUGGCUGCUUUGCAUCCCUGUGCUUGGAAUCCUAGUCGUGGCUUUGAGUGCACUUGCACGGACAGCCAUGAUGCACUUCCAGAAGAGGCUCCUGUUUGGCAUUUUCCUGUGCCACCACAAAGGUGGCGCGGGAAGCUUGUGCCGACUGAUGAAGAUCUUAAUUGCCCGGCACACUUCCACGCGUGUGUUUUUGGAUUGCGACCAGUUGGAGAAUUUGGAUUUCCUCUUCGACAUCAUUCGAACUUCAACGAAAAGUGUCGUGGUCGUGUUGACACCGGAGUUGCUUCGCCGGGUUUGGUGUGGUGGAGAAAUCACGACCGCGUGGAUGAACAAGAUCACCACGGUGCCGCUCAUUUGCGAUGGCUUCCGGCCGCUCUCAGAUGAGGCACAGAAGAUGAUUCCAAGUCUGUGGACGCCUCAGCAGAAGCAAAUCCUUGCCAACUACGGCGUGGAGAUCGAUGCCGUGCAUGCGGCCUAUGAUUGGUUGCAGCAUGAGUUGAUUCCUCUGGAGAUGCCCCGGUUUGGUCCAGUCACCAGCCGCGAGACUGCGGUUGUCGACAUGCUGCGAUUGUGUGGCCUGGCACCUGCCCUCAGAUCUACGCAACUGACGCAACUCAAUAUCUUGUCCUCGUCCUCUUCACAAGCCUUCCCUUCAAUCCCUGCAAGAGCCCGGAUUUUAGUUACAAGCUCCGUGACGGAUGCAGAGUGCUUGUCUGCUUGUGAAGUUUUCACGCUGGUGCUGAUGGCUCACCUGCACGUGGAAUGCGCCGUGGUGCACAACGCACGGCACAUGUCCAACUGGAAACCCUUUGCCUACUACUUGGUCGUAUUGCUUUUUCGCGGAAUUUUUCGCGACCAGACCUUUGCCAAGAUCUUGCUGAGCGCCGAUUCCCCUUCGCAGAGCGGUCGGAGCUUGGAGCUGGUGUCUGUGAUUGCUGACACACACUUCGACUUUCCGAGCAUUGAAAGCUUGGAGAUGGCGACUGAGGAGGAGUACGUUGGAGGCGUACUCAGCGACCCAGCCACCACUCUUCCCAGAAACCUCUUCAGCGUUUACCGCGACUUGCUGAACGUCCUGGCCUUGCCCUUCUCCCCGCUGGCUUCAGAAGGGCUUCAACAGAGGCAAGUUGCGGAGAUUGCCGGGCGCCUGCACCGCUACAAGGAUGCGGCGGCAGCAGCGAGCAAAGACGAAGCAGAUGAUGGCAUGAUCGAAAACGAAAUGCACGAGCUCAGUUCGCACAACGCCUCGAUGGACCUUCAGGAUUUCCGGGGCUUUGUUCCCCAGGCGUUUAGCCUCCUUAGCGACGACGGCUUCGACCUUCGCAGUGAGACAUUCUCCAUGUGA